AGGAGUGCCCGCCCUCUUCCCCCGGCGUGCCCUGCGGCAGGCGCUGACGUGGCUGCCGUCAGCGCCGCCAUCUUGUGGGAGCGAAACCAACGCCUGGCUGGGAGCAGCCGCCGCGGAGGUCUCUGGCCAGUAUUGCUUCCACCUGUCCACAAGCAUGGGGAAUAUCUUUGCAAACCUCUUCAAGGGCCUUUUUGGCAAAAAAGAAAUGCGCAUUCUUAUGGUGGGCCUGGAUGCUGCAGGAAAGACAACAAUUCUAUACAAACUGAAGCUGGGUGAAAUUGUGACCACCAUUCCCACUAUUGGUUUCAACGUGGAGACAGUUGAGUACAAGAAUAUCAGCUUUACUGUGUGGGAUGUGGGCGGCCAGGACAAGAUCCGGCCACUAUGGCGCCACUACUUCCAGAACACCCAAGGCUUGAUCUUCGUGGUGGACAGCAAUGACAGAGAGCGUGUGAAUGAGGCCCGUGAAGAGCUCAUGAGGAUGCUAGCUGAAGAUGAGCUCCGGGAUGCCGUUCUCUUGGUGUUUGCCAAUAAGCAGGACCUUCCCAAUGCCAUGAAUGCGGCCGAAAUCACAGACAAGCUGGGGCUGCACUCUCUACGCCACAGGAACUGGUACAUUCAGGCCACCUGUGCAACCAGCGGGGACGGGCUCUAUGAAGGACUAGACUGGCUGUCCAAUCAGCUCCGGAACCAGAAGUGAACCAGACCCCUCCCUCCCCCUCACUUCCUCUUCUCCGCCCUCCGCUUUCCUCUCAUGUGGCAAACGUGCGACUCUGUGGUCCUGAGUGCCAGAAGCUGUCUCCAUGGGUUGGUCACAGUGUGCAUCGCACCGUGCUGUACAUGUGCAGACGCAGCCUGCAGCCAGGUUUUAUUUAAUGUAAAUAGUUUCUGUUUCCACUGAGGCAGUUUCUGGUACUCCUAUGCAAUAUUACUUAGCUUUUUUAUUGUAAAAAGAGAAUCAACUCACUGUCAGUACUGAGAAGGGAUUUGGGUGUAGGGGCACCUGGCCUCUGGGAGCCAUUGGGCUGUAGACUGGUGUCAGUAUCCAUUUGGUGGUUGGUUUUUACCCAAACUCAGUGCAUUUUUUAAAAUAGUUUAAAAAAAAUACAGGACAAGAACACUUGAACACACAGAACGGAGACUAUGCCUAGUGUAGGUUUUGCAGUAAUGGCCUGAAUGCUAGUCCAUUGGAUCACCUGUUUCCCCUAUGGGAACAGAGAGAAGGUGGACACACCACCAUCCGCUGCAUGGUCACAGUAGAGCCCCCGUGACUCGCCUGUCUUGGGUCACCUGCAUUCCAUAGCAUUGUGCUUGUACUUGUGCUCACAUGGUCACCUAGGGGUGGGCUGGGAGCCAUUGUGGGGUGCAGGGCCUGGCUUGUAUUGGUGUGUGGCCAGGCCAGGUGGCAGUCUACAUACCCAGCUUACUCUUGGGCCCACUUGGACGCGCUGGCAGGAGGCCUGGGUCUCAUCAGCAAGAGCGCGUGCAAGCUGGGAGGGUCGAUCCAUUCCAGACCCACAUCCUGGAGCACCCCCAUCUCCAUGUGUGAAGUAGCUUUCUCCCUCAGCCUGCAAGGGUCCGAUUUGCCAUCGAAAGACGACCUCUACUUUUUUCUUUUGUAUUUUGAUAAACACUGAAGAAGCUGGAGCUGUUAAAUUUAUCUUGGGGAAAUCUCAGAACUGGUUUAUUUGGUGUUGUGGAACCUCUUACUGCUUUCAAUACACAAUUAGUAAUCAACUGUUUUGUAUACUUGUUUUCAGUUUUCAUUUCGACAAGCACUGUAAUUAUAGCUAUUAGAAUAAAGUCUCUUAACUAUUUGA